UGGCAACAAUGGAUAAAAACGCAGGAAUCAACAGAACUGCCAAGAAUACCUUGGCAAAGGCACUGUACGACAACAAAGCGGAGUGCUCAGAUGAACUGGCCUUCCGCAAAGGAGACAUCCUGACGGUUCUGGACCAAAAUGUCAUUGGCAGUGAGGGCUGGUGGAAAUGCUCUCUCCACGGCAGGCAGGGCCUGGCCCCCGCGAACCGCCUCCAGCUCCUCACCGCCUCUCAGGCUGUCCUGCUGCCUCCUUCCACCCGGAGUGACUCCACAGAGUCACCAGUGGCCCAACAGAACAUCUACCAGGUUCCUUCCGUCCCCAAGUCUACUGUGUUGUCAUCUACCUAUGAGAAGAUGGAGGGGUGGGUUAAAUCUCCAGCCAAGGUUUCUACCCUGUCUGCCCAAGGAGUAUAUCAGGUACCAGCCUUGGCUGCACAGCUGCUCAGUGAAAGGACCCAAAGCUCAACAAACCAGUACCUGCUUACUCUCCCAAGAGCAUGCAGAGCUUCAGUCCCAAAUAUCAGGAGCGAGGUGUAUGAUGUCCCAUCCACGCAGCGCCGGGAGUCCUUACUCACACAGAGCGGUGCCACUCCACCUACCGUGCGAAAGGGCUCUGUGCUGGUCAGAUCCCCCGAGUGUUUCCAGGAAGAACAGAAGCAGCUUUACAACAUCCCAUCCAGCUCAGAAAAAGCAGGAGCUGUUAUCCAGAAAGCCUCACCGGUGGGCAACUUAUAUGAUGUCCCUCCCAAAAGAGAAACUGAUGUUUCAGAAAAUGAAUCUUGUAAAAAGUGCUGGGACCAUUACAAUACCUUGCCAAAUCCUCGGAAGUCAGAAUGGAUUUAUGAUAUUCCAGUAUCACCUGAAAAAACAGGAUUAAAACAAAACCCUUCUGUGGAGAACCAGGUGCUGUAUGAUAUACCACCAGUCAGAUACAAGCCGCUAACCACAAAUACUGAAGCCAAAGUUUUAAAUCCACAAUUAUAUGAUAUUCCACCAACACAACGGAAAUUAACUUUUCCAGAUAUCCAUCUUUAUGAUGUUCCAUCCUCACGGGAUAUGCUCCUUUUGUCACAAAAUGGUAGCUGUGAUGUACCCCCUAGUCUCCUGACUCCAAAGACUGAGACUCAGAUCUCUGAAGAGAAUGUUUAUGAUAUUCCAAAAAGUUUGCCCACCGCUGUGCAGUCCAAGAAAGAGAUGGAAGAAGCCAGUGAUAUUUCUGGAGACCAAGCAUACAGUGCUCCUCCAGAGCUCUCAAGAUUAAAAUUAGAACAAGACACAUUAUCUGUUUCUAGUGUGGAUAGCAGCACAUCCUCAAACACUUCUGCUGAGUCUUUUUCUUUGUCAUCAUCCGAAGAGCCUGUCAAAGAAGUUAAACUGGACCUUGAUGUAGCCAUCGAGACACUGACUAGACUGCAGCACGGUGUAUCCAGCUCAGUUGCAAGUUUAAUGAUCUUUGUGAGUAGUAAAUGGAGAUUACAAGAACACCUAGAGAAAAGCCUUGAAGAAAUCCGUAGAGCAGUUGAUCACAUAAAAGUAUCACUGGGAGAAUUCUUGGCCUUUGCUCAAGCCAUAAAGGUAAAUGCUUCUUACCUCACUGAUAACAACCUUCAGACCAGAAUUAAAAAACAGCUAGAAAUCCUUAUGAACUCAUUCAAAAUUUUAACAGAAACAAGAGAAGCUCUAAAAAGCUGCAAGUGGUCACUAGAGGCUUUGGUCCUCAGGAAACCUCAGAACAACCCAGAUGAUCUUGAUCGCUUUGUUAUGGUAGCCCGCACGAUACCAGAUGAUAUCAAGAGGUUUGUAUCCAUCAUAAUUGCCAAUGGAAAGCUUCUCUUCAAAAAGAAUGAGAAGGAACAAGAAAUGAAGCAAUCAAAAGUGAAUCCAGAACACAAAAUGGCAAAACAAAUCACAAUGCCAAGAAGAAUCGAAAUAGAUUCACUUCAAAGAAAUAGUCCUGAUAAACACGACCAAACUCCGGUCUCUUCUGAAAAGCCAAAAGAAAAUGUCACUGAGGACUGUGAUUAUGUUCAGCUACAGGCACAGAAAAUCAUUUCAGGUAAAGAAGUAGCAAAGAAGAGUACAGAUUCAAAACCAAAGGUUUUGCCAUCUGCAAAAAAGACUGUAAUUCAAAGCAAGCAGGACUCUGCAAAGAAAAUCACUCUCCCAGAACACUGCAAGCUGUGUUUCAGUGCACUUCACAAGGCAAUUAGUGUAUUUACUAAUAGUCUGAGCAAUAACCAGCCACCCGAAGUCUUCAUAUCCCACAGCAAAUUGAUCAUUAUGGUGGGACAAAAGUUAGUGGAUUCCCUCUGCCAGGAAACUCAAGAAAGAGAUGCUCGGAAUGACAUUCUCCACAGCAGCAGCCGGUUUUGCAGCCUCUUGAAGAAUCUGGCUCUUGCCACCAAAAAUGCUGCAAUACAAUAUCCAAAUGCAAAUGCUAUGAGGGAACUUCAGGACCAAGCUGAGGAGCUGUCUAAGUACACACAGCAGUUUAGAGCAAUGAUGGAAUGAAAGACACUUUGCUGGUUUUACAAAUUCUCCGUUGUUGUUGCUCGUUUGGCACAU